AUGGGCUCCCUUGACAGUACCACGACAUUCCCCAUCCUCCACGACACUCGUCCAGACGAUGUCUCCCUCCCCGCGUUCAUGGUGUCCACCACCCGAGGCUUCCUCCCCAGGGCCGACCCCAUCGUGACCCUGCCCACCGAGUUCCAGCCUCUCGAGUCCAUCCUGCAGCGCAUGCCCAUCACCACCCUCGAGGGAACGCCAGGUCUCCUGGCCAAGGGUACACUCGGCGACGAGGUCGACAGCCGCUUCCCCAACCUGGCGGGGGAGAUGGACAAGUACAGCCACGACCUGCCCAUGAUGAACGCCCUCUACAGGGACUACUCGUUCCUCGCCUCGGCCUAUCUCCUGGAGCCCUGCCAUCAGCGCUUCGUCAAGGGAGAGCCAUAUGGUCUUGGCCGUCAGGUCCUGCCUGCCAAUAUCUCGCACCCCAUCGCCCGGUGUGCUGAAAUCUGCGGUUUCAAGCCCUUUAUGGAAUACGCGGGCUCCUACGCCCUCUACAACUAUCGCCUCGAAGACCCAAAGAAGGGCAUGGAGUACUCCAACCUCCGCCUGAUCCGCGCCUUUGAGAACGGACUGGACCCGACCUCGUCCGAGGCAGGCUUCGUACUCGUACACAUUGACAUGGUCCGGAACUCGGGCCCCCUCGUCGACGGCGUGACAAAGUGCCUGGACAUUGCCGGGUCGACGACGUCGUCGUCCGCGCGCGGGACCACGGACGAGAGGACGCGGUUCAACGAGGGCCUGACGUCGGUCCUGACCGCGCUGCAGAAGAUCAACGCGGUCAUGGAGACCAUGUGGUCCAAGUCGUCGCCCAUGGCGUACACGUCAUUCCGCACAUUUAUCUUUGGCAUCACGUCGCAGAGCAUGUUCCCGGAGGGCGUCGUCUACGAGGGCCUCAACGACGGCCAGCCGCUCUCGUUCCGGGGCGAGAGCGGCGCCAACGACAGCAUGGUCCCGCUCAUGGACAAUAUGCUCCAGGUGCCCAUGCCCGAGACGCCCCUGACGGAGAUCCUGAGCGACUUUCGCGAGUACCGCCCCUCGAACCACAAGGCUUUUCUGCUGUACGUCAAGGAGCGCUCGCAGGCCGUGGGGCUCAAGGACUUUGCCCUCGGUCUGACCACCCCGUCGGAUACGGACGAGGACGAGGACGAGGACGGGAGCCUGCUGCGCGAGUCGAGGAGCCUGUGGAUCCAGAUCCUCAACCAGGUGCGCGACUUUCGCUGGCGGCACUGGUGCUUUGCGCGCGAGUACAUCCUCAAGAGGACGAGUCACCCCACGGCGACGGGCGGCAGUCCCAUUGUCACCUGGCUGCCGAACCAGCUCGAGGCGGUGCUGGAGGAGAUGGCGACCCUCUACGAGAAGACAAGGGGCGACAAUGGGCUGGGCCGCGUGGCGGAGACUGUGAUGGACGGGGCGAUGCGGCAGAGGGAGACGUUGAGAAAAGAGGUUGACAAGUACUGCCAGGAGAGGGGAGUCAGCAGGCCGUGA